UGAUAAUCAUCAUUCAUCACAGUCACCUCUCUCUCUCUCUCUCUCUCUCUAGAGUGUCAAUGGCAGAGAAGAACAGCCUUGUGAAUGUUCAUUCAAAGCUAACGGUGGUGUCAAGCAGGCCAAUAGGGCCGGGUAAGACCCACCAACUCUCUCCACUGGACCACGCCAUGGGUCGCCACAGCAUCCACAUAGUGUUUUACUACCGCACCAACCCCUUCCUUGACUGCUCCGACCUGGCCAGUCUCCGGGUCUCGCUCUCGGAGCUCCUCUGCUCCUACCCGCCGGUCACGGGUCGGUUGGCAGCCCAACAACCGGCGGAGGAUAGUCACGGUGGCGGUGGCGGUGACAACUACUGGGUGGUGAAGUGCAACGACGCUGGUGUUAGAAUGUUGAGGGCAAAGGUGGGGGCCACGCUUGAUGAGUGGCUCGGAUUUGGUAGUGGGUCCGAUGAGAGAGAUCUGACGGUGUGGGAGGAAAUGCCUGAUGAUCCAAGUAUAUGGUCGCCGUUUUGCAUCCAGAUAAGUGAUUUUGAAGGAGGAGGGCUAGCAAUAGGACUAAGCUGCAGCCACAUGCAUGCAGACCAAACUUCUGCAACACUGCUAGUCAAGUCAUGGGCUGAGCUCCAACGAGGCGAACCCAUUUCGCAACCUCCAGUCUUUCACCAGUUCCCAACACCAGAUUCGAAACCAUCUCCGAAAACCAAUACUAUGCUGUCGAAAUUUUACGCAAGCAAGCCCAAAGACCAUGUUCCUAAACGACAAAUGGCGACUGCCACUUUCAGAUUUCCCGACGCAAAGAUGAAGCAAUGCCUUUCUGAAAUCCAUAUGGAAUGCCCUGAUGCCACCCCAUUUGAUGUGCUAUUAGCGUUGUUUUGGACACGGGUGGUGAGAUUGAAUCCCCCUGUUGAACAAAACCAUAGUCAUUAUCUCACUAUUUGCAGAGACUCCAGGAAGCUCAUCCAUCCGCCUCUGCCUAUCGGGUAUUUUGGCAAUGCAUUACAUUUCUCACGACUGUCGUUGGAUACAGAAGCAUUACAGAGUUGGGGGUUGGAAUGCGUGGCGGGGAAAGUGCAUAACCAUGUGGCGAGUGUCGAAGAAGAAGAGCUGUGCUCGGUUAUGGAUUGUUUCGAACGGAAGAAAGGAGAGGAGCUGGAGCGAUACGAGCUACCGUUUGUGAUGUAUGGCCCUGAACUAACAUGCGUUAGCCUGGAACACAUGAUCAUUCCAGGCGGUCCCAAGGGGAGUACUACUACGUGUGAGUCGUUGAUGUAUGAAGCAAUGUUUAGGAAGGACGAGAAGCCAGUCCACGUGUCGUAUCAUGUUGGCAAUGUGGAAGGGGAAGGGUUAAUUACAGUCAUGCCCUCACCGGAAGGAGGUCUAGGUCGGACCGUGACAGUGACACUGCCAGUGGAUCAGAUUGCUAAGCUGUGCGAGGACGAAGCUGUGUUGGACUUGGACCCAACUAUGCUAAUGAACGGAAAAAGAUGAUGAUCCAUUCGGUUGCUGAAUUUCACUGAUUUCAUUUGUUUUCGGUCAAGUUUGUCGAUUUGUUUCCAUAGAAUUUUAUUUUCUGUUAUUUGUC